UGUCCCUGAGGAUAGGCGCGCCGUCCAGUCGGCAAGCAAUUCUAAAGUAUCUCCGUUCGUUGUUGUAUUCUCUUCGUUUUGCGUCAACAUGCAUUAUGUAUGCACGUGCGUUGUACCAUGCCGAGAUAUUCCAAAUACAUAUCGGACUUGCGAAUUCUGUUUCCUCGCGCUACGGCAAAGCUCCUCCGAGAAGGAGAGGGAGACGUCCUCACACGUUUCGAUUAUGUUCAACUCUGCGAGAGAAUCACCCUUCCGUUUCGGAAAGUCGUGCUAUCGGACACGAUGGAAUUUGAUAAAACCUGACCUACAGAAAUAAAUUCUGAUUACACUGGCUGUUGCUCUUUUUUUUCGUUUUUUUUUUCAAGCCUGAACACCUGCGAUGUUGAGCUGGAAAGUAUUGUCGCGAUCUUCCCACGCAAAAUUAAUACCUUGAUAAAUUUUGUAGGAAAAAUCACGCUUAAGCUUUUCGACUUAGGCCCGGUUGCAUCAAAAAUUUCAAAAAUUCAUAUCUUCCACAAAAUUAAAGAUAGCGAUUUCUUUUUGGGCUUAUUUUAAAGAUGAAGGGUAGGGCUCUUAAAAAAAAUCAACACCUUUAUGACUUUCAUCAUUUGAUCUCCAUGUCUCAUCAAAAAGUGUUAAAAUGAGGAAGAAGUGAAAAAUAUAUGUAUCUCCCGCAAAAAUGAAGAUAGCUAGUUCUUUCUAGGCUCAAUGUGAAGGUCAAUACGAGGGCUAUAUGAAAAAAAUCGGUUCUUAAUUGCAAAAUGACGGAUCCAAUAUGGCCAAAGUGCUAAAUUUCGUUGGAAAAUUCCUUAGAAUAUGAAUUUAAUUCAAAUCUAAGAAAAUUUUGUAUCUUGGUCCGCCAUAUUGGAUCCGCCAUUUUUUAUUUAAAAAUUUUGACUGCAGAUUCAUAAUCAGCGACCUUAAAAACUUUUAGUAAGAUGUGAAUUAGAUGCAAAUUAUUCCUACGAAAAAAUCAGGCACGAAAGGGUUAACUUUAACCGUAGCUUAACCCACUUUUCGUCUCUUUCUAAGGGAUACAUUAAAAAGAGAUGAAGAGUGAGUUAAGCUACGCAAGUUAUUAUAUAAAAAGGAUCAAUGUUUAUGUUAAAAUAAAAAUACGCGCGUAAAAUACGAUUUCCGUUUUUUACCGAGAUUCUCUCUCUAGGUUAUAUUUUUGCCGGGCAAUGCGCAUUACGCACUCAUUUCCCGCCACGCGCAACUCGCGCGUCUGCGCAGGAUGGCGAUCUUAACCUGAUCUGACGUUGUCGCGGUAAGAAACUAAGAAUCAGAAAAAGUUAAGAUUGAUGAUUUUCGCAGUAGAGUCUCAACUUUGCGGAGUGACUGUCGCUGUUGAUUUGAGCGUUUCUCUUGCUUUCUCGUUUUCCUCUGCGUUCAUACACGAUAAACCUUUCAAGGUAAGCCGUGAGAAAGAGCGACAAUUGAUGAGAGGUUUCGUUUCACCAGUUCACUUUCGACACUCGUUCUUUAUUAUCGAGUAAUAAUUUUCUAGAAAAUUGAAGUAUUAUGCUACUGACAUUUAUCCAUCGUAUGACACGAUUUCCAUAGUUUAAACUAUGUAUCGUUUAGGUAAAAUAACAUUUGUAUAUUCGCCGAUGAUUUGCGUUGUGUAUGAGGAAUAUUGUAAAUACUGUAAUUUCCUUGUCGAUAUCCGCUAUAGUUUACAUUUUGUUUAAGGCUAUAAUGUGUACCGACAAAAUAAAAAGAAUUGAGAGCGACGCGGCAGAUGCGAGAGAGUGAUUCCUUCGUUCCUUUCAGUGAAAGAGGGCAUUUGCAACUGAAUGUGCAAUUGCGUUGCAAUUAUUUAUAUCGAGAAGUCGUGCAUGAUUUACCCAAUAUAACUGUACCGAGAAUUGUUAUGAGUGUCAUUGAGAUAUUUUGAAUAUUUUUGACUAAUAAGAAAGUACAAUGACGCAAACUACAAUAGAUCAAUUCUAUAAAGUUACAUCUAGGAGUGUAAAGGGUACUGCAAAGAAAUCAUCUAAUAACACAAAUUCAGCGAUUGCUAAAGUAGAAAAACGAGGAAGAUUGUUAGGAAACGCUAAGGCUUCUGCUUUACGUAAGAACAGCAAAGGAACUCCAUAUAAAACAAGUAAAGAGAAACGAUUGGCACGAAACAAUAUCUUGUGCAGCAGUGAGGCAUCUCACUCGACGAGAACCAAUAUAAAUAGUAGCCCGAUAAAAAUCACAGAGGCCAACACAGCGGUGUCACCAAGCAGCAAGUAUACAUCUCCCGUCAGAAGUCAACGAAGUACCCCACGCCCGCCUAGUGGUUCCAGGUUCACUCCAAAGUCAUCGUCGCCAACAAAAACUGCGCUAGAAAGAUCGCAAAAAUUCGCGAAGCUAGCGCGAAGGAAGUUGUUCAAGGACAAAAUGGAGGAACUGAUAUCCACGACAAUAGAUAAUCUGAACCUAGCCAAAGAAGGAGCCAUAGCCAAUAACGACAUCGAUCUCGAGAGGGUUUACUCCGACCGAAAAUUCGACUACGAGUACAGUCACAUAGACACCACGACUUCGACGAGAUACGAAAUCAGCGACGUGGUCGUACCCGUAGAUAUGUACUCACUGCACUUCUUCCUGGUGGUCGUGAUCGUGUUCUCCAAUCCGAUCAAUUGCGGGUACUUCAACGAGCAUGAAUUAAAUUUGAUAUUUUCGUUGCUGACGCUCUCGAGAGGCGCCCAAGCGUUGUUCAUACGCAUGUUGAAAAGGAAGCAUGCGUGGCACAGGGUAAGCAGCAUCAAGUACGCCGAAGUGUCGGACGAUCUGAGGCCCACCUUCGACGAGCUGGUGUCGCGCUCCAUUUUCAAGAGCAGCACGAACGAAGAGGACAUGUCCGUUUUAUUGAACCUGCUGCAAGCCGACGAAAUCCGGAAGCUCUGCCAAGAGUCGAAGAUCAGCGGUAGUGGGAAGAAGAACGGCGUGCAGUCAAUCUUGAAGUUCUGCAAGGAAACAAAAUCGCUGUUCCCCGGAAUGCCGAGCCCGGCUGUGAAACUGCGCGCCUCGGUAAACAAGCUCCUGGGGAAUUGCGUGUUGUUGGACGAUACCGUGAAGGAAGUGGUCGACAGAAUAGUCACAUUGCUGGUACCCAAUCGAGAUCCCACCGAGACUAUGGCGGAUGUGUUUUUAACGAUACUACAAGUAGAGACCAAUCAGAUGAAAUUUCCGAAAGUGGGCAUAAGUGAUUUUCCCAUAUUUGCCAGUAAAAAGCACCUGUUAGAUUACAUAGAAGCCAAAAGCACUUUAUCUGAUGUAUUAAGUGCAAUCGACAAAAAGCAAUGGGAAGCUGUGCGGGAUCUUGGUUCUUUGGCUGCCAAACGUUUGCCACUCCACUUGGAAAUGGAAAGGCAAAGCCUUGAAGAUUCCACGCUACCUCAACACAUCAGGCAUUUUUUGCCAGGCUACAUGUGGUUCAAAGUCUUGUCCAAAAGCGUAGACGCGUUCAAAAAAACUAAAGAAACAAUGCCACAGGCGAUAGAAUUUUUGCAAAUGCUAAUCAAUCAGGAUUGUCAUAUGAGAGGCAAAAAGGGACGAUGGUACAAUGAAUUAAUCAAGAUCGAAAUGUAUCACAGAAAGAAUCUCGAUGGUAGUGUCACGCUACUUUCGGACGCGGUGUUGUGCGAUAGCCUGACGGAGGUUGACAGAUUAGAUCUGCUGGACAGAGCAGAGAGGCUUGUUAAGAGAAAAUCCGGCAUUACCCAACGUACGAAAAACACUGUUAAACAAAUGUUGGACAGUACGCUUAGCAAAGCACGACUAACAUCCGAACAGAGUUCCGUUACAAUAGAAGGGACGUUGUGCCAAAAUUUUACGCAAGGAAAGAGCACUUGGCGCAUCAGCAACUGCGUGGACGAGAAAGUGUACGGCACGGUUGAGAGCUUCGCGCUGCAUCAUUACAGACGCGAGGGAUACCCGAAAGGUGUGCACUGCGAGGGUGCUUUUCCAGUCACGCUGUUCGGCACAUUAUUCUGGGACGAGAUUUAUAAAAUGAACAUACCCGGCGCUUGGGUGUCAUUGUAUCAGGAUGCACCGUUGGAUCUAUUCUCGUCAGAAUUCUACGAGAACAGGAAGGAACAGUUUGACAUGAAGCUUCAAGUCAUGCGGAAAUUCGAUUCGGAAACGAUGAGCAGACACUUGAAGCAUGAAUUCGAUUUACACCGCGAGUACAAGUCCGUCUCGCAAGGCAACGUCUUCGACGACAGCAACAACCUCCAAGAAGUGGCGUUUUGUCUAGGGGUGGAGGGUGUUGUCGGGAUUUGCGAACGACUCAUGCAUAAUUUUUUAUUGUGGAGAGCUGGCUUCCCAGAUUUAAUUGUGUGGAAUGUAUCUACAGAAAAGUACAAGAUCGUAGAGGUGAAAGGUCCUGGCGAUUCGCUGUCGACUAAACAAAAAUUAUGGCUAGAGUACUUGAGUCAGCUUGGACUGAAUACAGAAGUAUGCUAUUGCAAGUCAAACGCGAGACAUACUAAAAGCGGACGUAAGCGGAAGCAUGAGGAAGUUACGAUAUAAUGUUUUCCCGAUAUUUGCGCCUUGUACAUGUGUAAAAAAGAUAUAUUUUAUACUGUUGUAAUAUACUAUGCAUGCCCAUGUUAUCUAUUUAUUACAGAUUUUAUCUUCUUAAUUAAAAAUCAUGAAAAUCUCAGCGUUGCAAUUUUGAAACCUGGAUUGAGAAUAAAAGAGUGUCAGUAAA